GUCAACUCUGCCCUAGUCUUCUCAAUCGAAAGCUUUCUCACUCACGUACGUAAUGGCUGGAGAAUCGGGCUCCUCAUAGGCAUGCGCAGCUGCAGACUACGCCCAUGGCCACCUACGCUGCAGGUGACAGGAGGUCGAUGAUGCAAGCACUCAGAAGGAAAGGCUUACUUACCAUCACGGCUGCGAGUCGUCGAGGCAGCGGGCAGCAAGCUCACUUCGCGGGUGGACAGCCAGAGCGAGAGAGAGCAGCUUGGGAUGGCAAGUAUCGGCAGAGAAAGCAUCGUGAAGCUGUUCACCCCGCAGGUUCUGAUGGUACCAAUUAGCAUCGAGGUCAGCGUGACCAUCAGCAUCAGCAUCAG